AUGGUAGCAAACUUAAAAGCUAAUAAAUAGCUCUACCUAGAAACCAUUAAUCAAUAUAUUUGCUUAGCUUCGUUUAAAUCUUUAAAUAUUGAUCUACUUUAUCAAUUGAAUGAAUAAUCUGGAAAAUUAAUAUAAUUGGCAAAGUAAUCAUAAAUAACAAUUGAGAUUACCAUUAUUUAUUUAAUUGCUAUAAUAUAUUGGAUUUUGCAAAUAAUCUUUUAAUUUUGACUAGUUAUUUGCUAAUUUGUUACUCUUCAGAUCAUGUGCUUUUUUGACCUUGAAUAUAUUUAAAGGAAUAUGAAAAUUUCAUACAUCCUUUAAAAAAAAUGAAAUGAAGAAUCACUUCACUUGAAUAUAAGGAGCAUUCAAUUUAUGUAAUAACAACCAUAGGAAGAAAUAGAAAUUAAGAAUGAAAUAUAAAACGAAUAUAUAUAUCUAGAAUAUGUG